CCUUUUUCUAACGGCUCUAUCUUCACACUGUCCACACCCCCCUUUACUCCUCUUGCCGACAACUAUCAUCAUCAACCAAAAAACUUACAAAUCGCCAUCAAACCAAACCCUAGUUUUUUUUUUCCUUUAUUACUCACAUUUAUGUAUUAGUUGAACAAAAACAAAACAGUGAGUACUGCCAGAUCCCUUCACAGCCUCUCGUUUCUUCUUCUAGCGUUUUAUCUCCAUCGUCAUCUUUCAAUUAUUUCGGUUGCUAGAUUUAGAAUUGGGGAAGUAGUGAGGGUUAAGUUUAUCCCUUUGGGGGUAGGAGCGAAUCCGUACUUUCCUUUUGUUGAAGGUUGUGGAUGUGUUUACUCCUUUGUUGAUCCUUUGCCUUAAAGUUUCUACAAUUGGCAAAGACUGAGUUGGUGAAGGGUUGGUUUUGUAAUCAUUGAGAGGAAGUUAUGGCUACACUUACCGACAUAGCACUCUCUGCGGCUAUAAAUAUUUUAAGUGCCUUUGCAUUCUUCGUGGCAUUUGCAGUACUGCGACUGCAGCCAUUCAAUGAUAGGGUGUACUUCCCAAAAUGGUAUCUUAAAGGUGUUAGAAGCAGCCCAACAAGCUCUGGGACAUUAGUGCGGAAGUUUGUCAAUUUAGACUUCAGAUCAUAUAUAAAGUUUUUGGAAUGGAUGCCAGCUGCCCUUAAAAUGCCUGAACCUGAACUCAUUGACCAUGCAGGGCUUGAUUCUGCUGUUUAUUUGAGGAUAUACUUGAUUGGACUUAAAAUAUUUGUACCUAUCACAAUGGCGGCAUUUCUAGUCCUGAUACCAGUCAAUCGGACCAAUGACACUCUAGCGAAAUCAACGGUAGUACACAGUGAUAUAGACAAGCUUUCCAUAUCAAACAUCAAAAUUGGAUCACAGAGGUUUUGGGUCCAUAUAGCAAUGGCGUAUGCCUUUUCAUUUUGGACUUGCUACGUGUUACUUAAAGAAUAUGAAAUAGUUGCAUCAAUGAGAUUGCAUUUUUUGGCUACAACAAAACGUCGUCCAGAUCAGUAUACUGUCAUUGUAAGGAAUGUGCCACCUGAUCCAGAUGAAUCUGUUAGCGAGCUUGUUGAGCAUUUUUUCCUUGUCAAUCAUCGUGAUCACUAUUUAACGCAUCAGGUUGUGUAUAAUGCGAAUAAACUUUCUAAGCUUGUUGAAAAGAAGAAACAGUUGACGAAUUGGCUUGACUACUAUCAACUAAAGUAUGAAAGAAAUCCAUCUAAAAGGCCAACUCGAAAGACUGGUUUUCUAGGGCUGUUUGGCACGAAAGUGGAUGCAAUCGACUCUUACAUAUCAGAGAUUGAUAAGCUAUCUGAAGAAGAGGCUGUAGAACUUGAAAAGAUUAAAAACAACCCAAAGUCUAUUAUGCCAGCAGCAUUUGUUUCCUUUCGGACAAGAUGGGGGGCAGCAGUUUGUGCUCAGACACAGCAAACAAGAAAUCCAACUAUAUGGUUGACUGAGUGGGCUCCAGAGCCGCGUGAUGUAUAUUGGAACAACCUGGCAAUUCCUUUUGUCUCUCUCACAGUUAGAAGGUUGAUUGCUGCUGUGGCAUUCUUCUUUCUCACCUUCUUCUUCAUGAUACCUAUAUUGUUUGUACAAUCACUUGCCAACAUUGAGGGGAUUGAGAAGGCUCUUCCAUUUCUAAAGAAAGUAAUUGAAAUGCAUGUCAUCAAGUCAUUCAUCCAAGGUUUUCUUCCGGGGAUCGCUUUGAAGAUUUUUCUUAUCUUACUGCCGACAAUAUUAAUGCUCAUGUCGAAGUUUGAGGGAUAUAUCUCCUUAUCAGCUCUUGAGAGAAGAGCUGCUGGGAAAUAUUACAUUUUCUUAUUAGUUAAUGUAUUCCUGGGUAGCGUAAUAACUGGAGCUGCAUUCGAACAACUAAAUACCUUUAUUCAUCAAUCAGCAAAUCAAAUACCAAUAACAAUAGGUUCUGCAAUUCCUAUGAAAGCAACUUUCUUCAUAACCUAUAUCAUGGUUGAUGGUUGGGCUGGAGUUGCUGGGGAGAUUUUAAGGUUGAAGCCUUUGAUAAUCUAUCACUUGAAGAAUUUUUUCUUGGUAAAGACUGAAAACGAUAGAGAAGAGGCAAUGGAUCCAGGAAGCAUUGGGUUUGACUCAAAUGAACCUCAAAUACAACUUUAUUUCCUACUGGGUCUUGUCUAUGCUGCAGUCACACCUUUCUUACUUCCUUUCAUUGUAGUAUUCUUUGGCUUGGCAUAUGUUGUUUAUCGCCAUCAGAUCAUAAAUGUCUACAAUCAAGAAUAUGAGAGUGGAGCAGCAUUUUGGCCAGCCGUCCAUGGUCGGAUUAUCACUGCAUUAAUUAUCGCACAGCUGCUUCUGUUCGGGUUGAUAAGUACAAAAGCAGCUGCUCAGUCAACACCUUUCCUCGUGGUCUUAAUUGCUCUUCCAGUGUUUACAUUCUACUUUCAUAGGUUCUGCAAAAACCGAUAUGAGCCUGCUUUCGUGAGAUACCCGUUACAGGAAGCGAUGAUGAGGGAUACUCUUGAACAAGCCAGAGAGCCAACUCUUGACUUGAAAGGUUACCUCUCAAACGCAUAUAUCCACCCUGUGUUCAAGGCCUUAGGUGGUGAGGACAAACUUUCGAUUGAUGAUGAGAAAGAUUUUGAUAGUGCACUGGUACCUACCAAAAGACAAUCUCGGAGGAACACACCAGCAGCUAGUAAAUAUACUGGUUCUUCAUCGCCCUCCUUGCCUGAUGCUAUUCAAGAACAGCAACUUUUGUAAAUGAAGAGCUCUCUAGUCUAUACAUUAUAGAGAUGUACAUCAUAAAGAUGUAUUUCUUAUGUAAAUUUGUAGUUCUAAUAGAAGUCAAGAUUGCUGCAAUAGAUGGCUUAUGCUAACUCAUGAAUUACUUUGGUUUACCUGGUGGAUGAAUAGAGGUAUUGUGUUUUUUAUAAUGUCCUAUCAUUCAAUGCUCCAUUUGAAAGCUUUACAAGGUUGUUCGACUUCGAAAGGCAUUUGCAGAUUGAAAUGAAGAGUUUGAGAGUGUUCU